GUUCAACUUCUGCAGGGACGUCGUGGGUUUAGUUCACACAGGAAACUCACGGCUGCCACCUGUUGGUGACGUGUCAUCAUCGCCGGUCAUCGUGUAUGUCUGGUGAUGCUGCUCCUCUCGCGAUAUCUGAGCGAGAAGUUGACUGGAUCAAAACAGGAAGUGUGUGACAUGGCAUCAGUGUUCGGCGGCGUAGAAGGGGGAGGGACCCACUCCAAAGCAGUGCUGGUGUCAGGAGAUGGGAAGGUCCUGGCAGAGACGGUGGGACCGUCCACCAACCACUGGUUGGUUGGGGUGGACAAAUGUAUUGAAACCAUCAACGAUAUGAUUCAAAGAGCCAAGGUGGAGGCAGGACUGGAUCCAAACGCACCGCUAUGCUCACUGGGCAUGUCUCUGAGCGGAGGCGAGCAGAAGGAUGCUAUCGACAAACUGAUAUCUCAAAUGAAGGAGCGCUUCCCCAGUCUCAGCAAACACUACUUCAUCACCACCGAUGCCAUUGGUGCCAUAGCAACGGCUAGCGACCGCGGAGGCGUAGUCCUGAUAUCAGGGACCGGCUCGAACUGCAAGUUAGUCAAUCCCGACGCCUCGCAGAUCGGCUGCGGAGGCUGGGGUCACAUGAUGGGUGACGAGGGAUCAGCGUUCUGGACGUCUCACUUGGCCGUGAAGACCGUGUUCGACGCCAAAGACAACCUGGUCGCUCCGCCUCACGACGUCACGCACGUCAGAAACGCCAUGGAGGAGUACUUCCAGGUGUCAGAUCUGAUGGGAAUGCUGCCGCACCUCUACAGAAACUUCCAAAAAUCUCACUUUGCGGGUUUCUGCAAGAAGCUGGCCGAAGGUGCAGAGGCAGGAGACGCUCUCUGUAAAUACGUGUUCACUCAGGCUGGGAGAGUCCUGGCAAAACAUGUGGAAGCAGUGCUUCCUGCAGCACAGGAGCCUUUAUUGAGCGGCGACCUCGGCCUUCCCAUUCUGUGCGUGGGCUCGGUGUGGAAGAGCUGGGAGCUGCUGAAGCCAGGGUUUACUGAGGUCCUGGAUAAAGCGGCGUCAUCUGACAAGUUCAAGGGCCGUUUCCGCGGCUACAGCCUUCUGCUUUUGCAGCAGUCGUCAGCCCUCGGGGGCGCCAGCCUGGGGGCUCAGAGUUUGGGCACCAGCAUAGCUAUGGACUACGCAGCCAACGCCAACGUCUUCUACAGACACACCUUCAGCAACAGCCAGUGAUUAGAAAGUAGAACAAACAACCAGGGACCAGUUUAUAACUGUCAAUUAUAACUGACCAUAACAAUAAUAAUCAUAAUGAUCCUGCAACACUGACAGAAUAUGAUUGGAUCUCUCUGUAUGAUCUCUUUAAAACAGCUGUGAUUAUACUCUUUGUACUGUCUGAAUCUUUUGCACAUUUGUACUCUUGUUUACAUUCCUGAUUUAUAAUAAAGGUGGUGGGGACGCAACAGAAAAUGUGUGUGGGCUCGCAGAUAAUUUUUUUUUCAAUGAAAGUGCGCCGGCUGUUAUGUAAGUUUUUAACUGAGGGACAGUUUCUACAACAGGGCCAUAGCCCUGCUGAACAAAAACAGCUGACACAAUCAUGUCAUUUGAGCCACAGUGUUUCACUUACAUGAAAAUAACGACUGUGCAAUAAGUUUUUUCCUUUUCCCCAAGUGCAAU